AUGCUGCCGAGCCGUAACGAUGCGCUGGCAGCGCAGGCCGCGCCCGCAGCGCCGCGCGUGCGCCAGAAAAUCGCCAAAGUAGACGCCACCACGUACCGCCCCGCCCUAGCCCUGGCCGCGGGGCCGCGCGCCGCCCCAGACCAGUGGCCGCCCACGCACGAGCACCUGCACCGCCGCGCCUACACCCACAAUCCCUCUCAGCACCAGACCAUCCAAAUACAACCCUCGCACGAGCUCCACUACGACCGCAACCUCUACAAAGACCAGCAACAAAACCAACAGGACUACUACCAGCAGUACCGGGAACAGCAGAAGCAGAACCAAAACGCGAAGCAGCAAGACCUGUACCAGCACCAGCAGGAACAAAGCGACAAUCAGCAGCACAGUCAGGACUUGUACCGACUGAACCAGGAGCAACAGGACCAGAGCCAAUAUGAUCAUCAAGAUGGCUUAUACAGGCGGUAUCAAGAAGAGAAAGAAAAGCAGAAUCAGGAGGCCCAGAAGCUGUAUCACUUGCAAAGGCAGCAAGAUCAGUACCAGUCCCUGCAAAGACCGCAAGUUCAGUACCAAAACGAUCAACAGCAGCAGCAAAAUGUUUAUCAUGAACCGGCUCAGCAGCCGAGCAUUCAGUAUCAAAACGAGGACAGACGCCAGCAGCAAGGUUUCCAAGAUCAGAGGUAUCAGAAUCAGUAUCCUGACGAUGAGAGGGCUCAAUACGAGAGGCAACUCUACGAGCGUCAGGUGUAUGAGCAGCAAAGGCUUGCGUACGAGCGAGGCUUGCUCAGCCAGCGGCGACAAGAGGCAGAGGAGCCUUACAGAUACCGGCUGCUGCCGUACUCGUACGAGGGGGGCCGCUGACCUUGACCUAGUUUGCGGGUCGGAGGUGAGAGGCGCCCGGUUGUGCAACGAUGCGAGUGCAUGCGGCUCAUCCCGUCCCAUUCAUGUUUCGCAAUCCGAUUUGUAAAGAUGUGGUUUAAGAUCCAUUUCAUUUGAGACACCUCGAUCAUACCUCCAAUCACUAUUGGUUGUUGUGGUUCAAAUUAGAAAACAUCACUAGCUUGAAAUAUUCUAGGUCAUAUUUGUACCCAUUUAAUAGCCCAGCUAAUGACAAUUUAUUUCAA